ACCGCCCCCCUCCCCACCUCUAUGCCACCGAAACAUGAAACUUGGAGUAUAGGAUGGAGUAUAUGUGUGCUGUAUGUAUGUUGUAUGUAUGUUGUAUGUAUGUACGUCUGUAGGCCAAGGGGCUGGCCCCGGAAAGGAUCCAAGGCCGACCUGCUCCUACAUCUGCCACGCUCUCCUAUCAUCUCGCUCCGACCCUCUUGUCUUCCCUCUCCCGAAACCUCACUACCUCGAAGUCCGUCGUCUCUACUCGUCAUCUUGUAUGCAACCCACUCCCCCUCCCCCCUUGGCCCCGUCCCGUCCCGCCCUCUGUCCCGCCCUGUCCUGUCCUGUCCUGUCCUGUCCUCUCUCUUCCUAGUCCCCUUCCGUAGCACGGCUGCGAGUUCCAGCCCAUUCCGGUCCGGGCCGCCGCCGCGGACGAACCCCAAAAAGAUGACGGCAGGGCAGGGUCCUGUCUUAGGCUGGGGUAAUAAGAACCAGGUAUCAGGUAGCCGGAUGCUCAAGCGGCAUCUCGACGGCAGUCCAGAUCGCGACGGUAGUCCCGAAGAGGAAUCUCGAUCCGCGAACUGGGAAAACAGGGAGACGCCGCCGGCUCGUCCACACGGCUAACCCCCACAUCCUUCACACCAUUCGCGCUCAUCGCAUCCUUCACACCCUUCAUAUCCUCCACAGUCUUCACACCCUUCACACCCUACCGCUGCUGUCAUCAUCGUCACCACCACCACCCACUGCUGCCUCCAGCUCAGGAAGCGUAUGCACGAUAGACACGUAAGUACCCUACAUGCGUAUCUAUGUCUAUCACAUGUGUAUGCCGAGCGCCUCGUCCUCGUCCCUCCCAACCCCCACACCCUAACCUCCUCACGUCACCGAGUCGAUUAUCACGAACAUCGCUAGCGCCCUGAAGGACGAGGCCCACACGCAGCCGCCUACCCGCCCCGUCUGCCUCUCUAUCUCUAUCUAUCUACUUAUCUGCCUACGAUGCUCCGCGGACCUACUACACAGAGCUCGCCUAACCCACCUCUGCUGCUCGUCUCUCUUUUGACUAUACAAGCAGCAUCCGCUCCGCGACUCGCUUCCGAGCCGCCAAGAAGGAGUACUUUUAAACCAAAGAGCAGUAAAUACAAAUCAACAAAAGAAGGGGGGGGGGGGGGGUCAACAGCGAUGUGCGACGACGAGAGACGAGAGGGUGUAUAGAGAAGGAAGGAUACGAACAAAAAAAAAAAAAGCGCCACGCCG